AUAUAGUCAAAUAAAUAAUGUAUAUUAAAAUUAGUUUAAUGCUUUCAUAUUUAUUUUUUAUUGGCUAAGUAGGUUUUUGUAAUAAAAAAAUUUUUAAAAAUUUAUUUGAAUUCAGCGCCCAUAGUAUUAAUAAUCAAAUGUAAUAUUGAAAUUCUUAAUAAUUUUUGUUGAUAAAAAUGCCAAAAAAAAUAAAAAAAAAAAUUAAUUGGGCAGAUGAUUCAGUUUUUGAUAAAAGUCGUGCUAUCAUUUAUAUUGAAUAUGCUGAUGAUUGUUUUGUUUUUAAAGAAAAGGCCAAUGAACUUUUAUCAUUUGUACAAGAAAGAUUCCCAGAAUGGAACUUUGUUAUAGUAAAGAAUAUGUAUGGUCAAAUUGUUCCAAGACCUGAAUCAUUUGAAGUAAGUUUUUCACAAAAUGCUAGAAUGCAUCCGGAGGUUUUAUGGAGUGGAAUUAAUAAAGGACCCCCAAGAGCUGAUAAAUUUCCAAAAACUUUUGAAGAAUUUAUUCCAAAAAUAUCAAAUUUAUUAAAGCAAAUCUAAUAUCAUGAGGGAGAAAAAGGUGAUUUUUAGAAAUUUAAAUGACAAAUUUUAUAUUUGAAUAGAAGUAUUUCAUUUCCGGUUUAAAAAAAACUACAUAUAUUAUGCUCAUAAAUAUUGAGCUCCCUUAUUAAAUUUUUAGCCAUAGAUAGGUAAAACAGAUAAAAUUAUUAUUCAGUUUCAAUACUUGCUUUCAUAAAAUACGAUUUUGUUAAACUUGCUAGCUAUAUACCACCUUCUUUUGAGUAUACACAUAGUUAUUUAUUGAUGCUUAUGGCAGACACAUCAAUGAGGCAAUUAUAAAUCAUUGUUAAUUUUUGUACUGAUAACACAAACCACAACAAUUUCCGAUAAUUUGAUAAGCAUAACAAAUUUACAAGUGGUUCUACUUGAAAAUUAUAAUUAUUUAAUCGCUUUUUCUGGCGUGAUAAUGAAUGAGAAUAUUAUUUGUAACAUUAUAUGUAUAUAAGGCAGCUACCUAUUUAUACUUAUUUUAUUUAAAGGCUACAACUUAGACUGGUUAUAUUAUUAGUUAGAUAAGAAGUUCAUUAAAUUUAAUCAAUAGAAAAAUAGAUUGGACUGCAUUUUUUUAAUAGGUUUAUAAAAACAAAAAAUUUACUUAUAUGACAAUUUUACUAUUCCCGACAAUUAUCCACAUCUUUCCAAACCAACCUGGUUUAUAAUACAAAUAUAUUUACAUAUAAAUAGCUACAAUAAUUUCCUUGAUAAAGUACCUACAUAACACCGAAUUAUACAACCAAUUUUUCUACACACAACCUAGUAGUAUCAACUAAUUUUUAAUAAAUAUUACACACCUACUUACGAGUACUAUACAUUCCUUUCCAUUCAACUUUAAAAAUCUGCAAAUUUGUGUGGGGUAAAAUAUUGUGAGGUAGAUAAAAGUAUAUAGCAAUUUACUUCUUCAUUAUUCUCUAUUAUAUUGGUAUAUCUACCUAUCUACCUAUGUCGUAUAUUUAUAGAACUUAAUAUAUUCUGACUUAAAUUGCGCAUGAAGGAAUUUGGUAUUUAUACUAUAGUUGCUGCUUUACAUAAAAACGUUUUUUUGUCACAAAAUAUUCUAAGUAUAGAAUUGAAAAUCACGUGGUUUUGUUUUUUUUUAUUGGCGGCAUGUUAUUGAAAAAUUAAUUUUAAUAAGUACUAGAAUAAUACCAGAAAGUAUUUGAAACAAAACAGAUUUGUUAUUGUUUCGUCAAAUAUAAGUAAGUGGAAAACUUUUAAACGAAGAGUCAAGUGACAAGUGAUUAGGGAAUAUACCAAGGUACGUACAUGCUUGGUAAUAUAAGGCAAAGCAGGAUUGUUGUAAAAUGUUUUUGCUAUAAGGAAGAACACUUCUUGAAAUCCACUGAAAAUCAGGUGUCAUUAUGUACCGAAUAUGCAGGUAGAAUCUACUUACUUACGAUAUCACUAGCAUCAAAAAUAUAAAUAUUUUAACCAUAUGUUAGUCACAAAACUUUAUUUGAAUUUUUUGUGUGGAUAGAAACUAAUUUUAUAUGAGUACGUACUUAAAUAACUAUGAACGUUUAAAUUAAUACCAUCUGCAAUAAUUUAAAUAAGUGUUAGAAUUAAAAUUCUGUCUUAAUAUAACACUAGUAAAUAGAUACAUAAUUAAGUAAUACGCGAUUAUUGUCUUGCUUUCCAUUUCUAAUUUGUGACACAUGGUUGUGCUUAAACAAUUAUAAAUUAUUUUGUGUCACGCAAAUGUAUUCCUGCUAAUUUUAAAUUCCAACAUUAUCGAAAAAAAAAUUAUAAUUCCACUAACUAUAAUCACAACACUGCAGCACUUUUAAGUAAUGAUUUUAACUCAUGAUAAGCUUUCUUCUUCUAUUUUGUUUUGUUUUUUUUUCUAUUUUUUUCAAAAACAUAUAUGAGGCCAUAUAUAUGCACUACAGCACUGUUAUAAUUAUUUGCUGUUAUGGAGAGAGAGUAAUUAGAAAAUAUCACCCCACAAAUAUUUUAUAACUAUGUAUAAUUAAUUUUUUAAAAAUUAUUUAAUUAAAAUAAACAUGCUUUUCAUAAUUAUGUUAAAUUGUAGGUAAAAAAAUUAAAAGAAACAAAAAAAAAAUUGUUAAGACACAACAAUCACAGCUGAUUUUGUAUUAAAUGUUGACUUUUAUUAUUGAAUUGAGAAAUUGUUAUACUGUCAAAAACAUAUAUUAUAUGAAAUGUAUUAUAUAUACACAGCCGGUGUGACGUCAACUGCGAAAUUUAUUUAUUUUUCUUCUUUUUUCUUUAUUGUUAUACAUGUGGAUAAUUUUAGAUUUUGUCAAUAAAAAAAAAAUUUAUUACACUUAUAACUAAAAUAGAUUUUUUUUUUUAAUAUUGAUAUCAUAUUAUUUUUUUCUAAAUUCACUUAAUUUUAUAAGAGUUUUAAUUCUAAGAUCUUUCAGAGCAUUUUAAAACAUUGUUUACAAAAACAAAAACUACACAAGUAGGUUACACAUAUUACAAGAUAUUAUACAGAUAAUGUCCUUGGAACAAUUUUUUAUUUUAUGCAUGUAACUAGCGUUAUCUUACUGUUACAAUAACAACACAUACACAUAUUGUUGUAUAUAUAGUACAAAGUAAAUACUAUUAGUACGGUUAUGUGGGCAUAUACAUACAUUAUACAUACUUAUAUAAAAAUUUUUUUUUUCAUCAUGCCAUACAUAACCUUACAUUUUAUUUUGUAAUCAAUUUAAAAAACAUUUUUUAGGAUUUUUUUUUUUAAAUAUUUAACCAAUUUCCACAUUAAAAUUACAAAAACAAAAAACACACACUCAAAAUUCCUUUGAACAUGGACUUUUGUUCAUU